ACAACAGAAGCAUUAUUUCUGUUGUCAUUCAUUCUUUGUCUUUUAACUUUCUCUCUCUUCACACCAAACAAGACCCACUUCCUCCGUUCAUCUCCAAACUUGUGAAACUACUUUUGUCUGUUCCUCUUUCAUCCAGCACACCACAGAUACCAUCUCUUUUCCUACCUUAUUCUGUUUUGCCAAAAAAAAAAAAUCAUUUUUUUAUUUUUUAUUUUCCCCUUUGUUGUUCUUGGUAUUAAGUAAUUCUGGGAUGAUUGAUAUUGGUUCUUUUGGGGUGAAGGAAUGUAGUUGGAAAAAGUGGUUCUUUUGAAUAAUUCCUCAUUCUUGAGGAUGUUUCAAAUUUCUUAAAUUUGAUUCAUUUUGAUCCAUUACCCCCAAUUUGCAUUUCAUCUUGAUUACUAGAUUGUGAAAUUUUGUUGGGUUUUGUGGAUUUUUGAAGAAAGUUAGGAUUUUUAUUGAUUCAGGUGAAAGAAUCUGUGGUGAAUCAAUCAAUUUUGUUCUUUUCCUUCCUCUGUUUGAAUUUGUCCACAAUCAAGGGCUGAAUUGAAAAUUUGAAGGUGAUUUUAUCAUGGAUCAUGUGAUUGGUGGAAAGUUUAAACUUGGAAGGAAAAUUGGGAGUGGUUCUUUUGGAGAGCUUUAUUUAGCUGUUAAUAUACAAACUGGAGAGGAGGUGGCUGUUAAGCUGGAAUCUGUGAAGACCAGGCAUCCACAGCUUCACUAUGAGUCAAAACUGUAUAUGCUUCUUCAAGGAGGAACUGGAAUUCCCCACCUCAAAUGGUUUGGCGUUGAGGGAGAGUACAAUGUCAUGGUCAUCGACCUUCUUGGACCCAGUCUGGAAGAUUUAUUCAAUUAUUGUAACCGGAAAUUCACUUUGAAGUCGGUGUUGAUGCUUGCUGAUCAAUUAAUUAACAGAGUUGAAUACAUGCAUUCAAGAGGCUUUCUUCACCGCGACAUAAAGCCAGACAAUUUUCUGAUGGGCCUCGGACGUAAAGCAAAUCAAGUGUAUGCCAUUGACUUCGGCCUUGCGAAAAAAUAUAGGGAUCUUCAGACUCAUAGGCACAUACCGUACAGGGAAAAUAAGAACCUUACAGGCACGGCACGCUAUGCAAGUGUCAACACUCAUCUUGGAAUCGAACAAAGUCGAAGGGAUGACCUGGAAUCUCUUGGUUAUGUGCUAAUGUAUUUCUUAAGAGGAAGUCUUCCCUGGCAAGGACUGAGGGCUGGAAACAAAAAGCAAAAAUACGAUAAAAUCAGUGAGACGAAGGUAUCAACUCCAAUAGAGGUGCUCUGUAAAUCAUAUCCCUCUGAGUUUGUAUCAUACUUCCACUAUUGCCGUUCGUUGAGGUUUGAGGACAAACCAGAUUAUUCAUAUUUAAAGAGACUUUUCCGAGACCUUUUUAUUCGAGAAGGCUAUCAAUUUGACUAUGUUUUUGACUGGACUGUAUUGAAGUAUCCACAGAGUAGUGGCAGCUCUAGAGGACGGCAUGGCAGUGGCAAGGCAGCUAUGCAUGCAGCUACACCUGUACAUAAAGCACAAAAGAUUCCAGUUGGGAGAGAGAUUCGGGAGAAAUUAUCUGGUGCUGUUGUUGAAGCAUUCACCCAGAGGAACCGCGCAAGUUCCAGCCCUCAUCAUGGUGAACACACCAGACAUAGGACUUAUGAUGAUGUGGCAAUGCAUAAGGAUUUGCACUAUGCCCAACACAAUUCAACUCGAUAUGGCAGCAGUUCAAGAAGAGCCAUGGUAUCAUCAAAGCCAAAUUCCUCAGGUGACCAUACUGGCAGGAUGGCCACAAGUGGGAGCCGCCCAUCUGGCGCACAUAGAGUUCAACCUGUGUAUGAUACGAAACAAGCAACUUUUGCGCGCAAUGGGUCUAUGAGAGGCCACCGUGAUGAUCCUUUGAGGAGUUUUGAGCUCCUCACUAUCAGGAAGUAAUCUCAAGGGUGUGUUAUUUUGUUCUUCAUUUCUAAAUUUUGGCACACCUGGGAUUUCAAGAAGCCUUAUGGAAAGAAACAAAAGAUUCAAGUUCAUGGAUAUUAAUGAAUUACCAUUGAGGCCACAAUGGCAUGACAUCCCAACAUCUUUUCUAGAUCCCCUCAGAUUGCUUCAGAAGAUUUCUUAGCAGCUUUAAUGUGUUCUUAUAACGCGUCAAAGAUGUAAUUCAAAGAAAAGAUUAUUUUUAUAAAUAAGUAUUGUACUGUAUGAAACUUAACUUGAGUUGUAGCAAGUUUUGUGGAUAUGCAAUGUUAAUUGUUUGUUGACGGUAAAUGAAGUUUGACAAGGCUACUGUGCUGAAUGGUCAAUGACGAUAUUUGAAGUAA